AUAUCAAUAUUUGGGUUAAGGAACAUGGAGUUUACACUUCCUGCACAGGAAAGUCAAUACACCGAACUGUAGAUCUUCUACCGUGGGAUAGACUGAAUGAUGAGCUGAUAGCUGAACACUGUGCUCCAAUACUAAGACAUGUAGAUGGUUUGAACACUGUGCUCCAAUACUUAGACAUGUAAAUGGUAUGAACACUGUGCUUCAAUACUAAGACAUGUAAAUGGUUUGAACACUGUGCUUCAAUACUAAGACAUGUAACAAGGUUUGAACACUGUGCUUCAAUACUUAGACAUGUAACAAGGUUUGAACACUGUGCUUCAAUACUAAGACAUGUAGAUAGUGCAUCGUUGUUUUAUCAUGUGUAGAGUGUCAGUUAUUAUGUUUCUAACAUCACUGUGUCUUGGCAUCAUGACAUGGUUGACCAAAGCAACACUGGGAGAAACGUGUCUCACACUGUGCUGGUCUCAAGAGAGAUGUGACCUAAGGAUGACAGUACUGAACAUGAGCUGCCAGAGUGCUACAGCAGCCACAGCAAUGAACAUUUCUUGCGAUUCAAUAAUGAACAUAUCAUGUUACUGUCUUGUGUUUAAUGGCAUAAAUAACAGAUCGUGUCAGAAUGUCACACAGUUGAUCUCUAAAGGGGAGGAUACCAUUCAUUGUUGUCAAUCAGAACCUCUCAACGUAACGAGUCAUUGCACUGAUAGUUUUGCAGACAAGGAUUACUGUCUUAUGUUUAUAGACACAAAUAACAGAUCAUGCCAAAAUUUCACACUGUCGAUCUCUGAAGGGAAUGAUACGGUUCAAUGUUGCCAAUCAGAACCUCACAACAUAACGACUCAUUGCAUUGUUAAUUUCGCAGACAAUGAAAAAGCUACAUUGAAUGAAAACACUAAGUCUGUGAUGCAGCAAAUAAUACUUGGUUCAGUUAUUGGAGGUUGCCUCUUAAUUUUACUCCUUGUAUUAUUAAUUGCAUGCGUGUUCAAAAAAAGGCGGAAUGACAAUCAAGAGAGUGUAAACAUCAGGGCCCCAUCAGUUAAAAAGACCAGCUCGCUGGGAAACGCCGAAACUGACUCGGAAAAAAAGAUAUCAGCAGUAUAUGCAACCGUGAUCCCUAAAUCGAAGAGAGUGAAGCUGGAAGUGGUCAGUUCUGAAUCAGAACAGAAAGAUCGUCCUGGCAGUCUGUCUCUGUACGCGAGUGUCGAUGACACAGAUCAUAACCCGUACAAUUCAACUCAAGUGCCAGAGAGCCGAGAUCACCAGGGCGAGUACAGUGCAGCUAUUCGUGUGGGCGGUAUCACUAGUGACAAUGAGAGCACCGACUUCAAAAAUGAUUACGCCAAGCUUGGCGAGGUGAUUAGAUCCCAUGAGAAUGUUUAUAAUACUUUCAGCAACGAGGUCAAGACUACUGACCAACACGUAGAUGUCCAUAACGACUUCUUUAGUCUACACACAGACAAGUUGGGGUAUAGAUCUAGCUCGAACCUUAUUCAUUCGUAUAACAAUGUUGGUGUUAGAACCUCGUCAUCUGAUCUGUAAUUAAAAAAACAACACACAUCCAGAUCAAAGGAUCUUGUGUAUUAUGGUGACCUAUAAUUCUUCAUUAGAAAAAUUUAAGCCAAUUUAACCUGUAAACCUAUGCUAGAUGGACUGCAACCCUUUCUGCUAUUAAAAAUGUGUAUAUGGACUUAUAGCUUUCAAUGUAUCUCAUUAUAAUUGUAUUGUCUUCAAAUUGCGAGAGUUAAUCUCUACUUUUGUAGUUAUUAGUACAACUCAGUGAUGCCCAAACUACGACCCGCGGUCCUAAUCAGAGCCGUGAUGAGUUGCUAUCAGGCCAUUCUAGCUCCCGAAUCGCAUGAUUUAGCCACCAUAGGACUUUUUAUUUACGGUUUUGUGGCCUGUGACACGUAUGCUGUAAAUGUGUAUGUCCAACAGGCUGAAAAAGCGUUGAGCAUCGAUAGAUUAUGUUUAAGGCCCGACUCUAUUGCACAGGCGGGGAAGAAAGAAAGUCCAAAAUAAUAUGUCACUAUCCACACCUUACUCAAGGGGCUGUUUUUAUGGCGGACACCUGCACGGCUGAUGUGGUACAGAGAAGAAGUAGGGGUGGGGGUUUCUCCGGUGUGCUCGGCUUUUGACCUCUGUUCUAAUCCGAAAGCCCUAAGAUACGAGUUCAUACGAGCCAUUCAUAAUAGGGAUGUAAUAAUUUACAUCUUUUUGGACUUUUCCAAGACAGAAGUUUGUUAAGACAGGAAAGUUUUGGUAGCAGAUAGAACUAGAGUUCAAAGAGUCAAGGACGCAACUCUUAGGACAAUUACUAAAUGAGCAUGUCAACACCAAUUUUAAAACAUAAAUAUUAACAUAUUUUUCUAACAAAAGAAUAUAUUUAGUAUAUGCCACAUGCCAUACUAAUGGAGCAUUUAAAAUGUUCCAGUUGGCCAACUUGCAACGAUGCUGUUUACGUCAGUUAGACAGUCAUGGCUUGCGCAUAUGUUUGUGGGGUGUCCCUUAUAUGUGAAUGAUAAACACCCAAUGUGGACGAACGGCUUGGUUCUUUAAGUUGAAUAAAUUAUGAUAAAACCACAUGGUCGUCUGUCGUAGUUGAGGUUAUAAAUAUUAGGGAGUUAAGAAUGGAAACGAGAGACGCAUGACGUACGUGGAGUUUAAAGUAAGCUCUUAUCUUGUUUCAAUUGUAUCAUUAUUUCAUUUGUAUUUCUAUAUCAAUCUUAAUUGUUGUUGAAAACUGUAUAUUUAUAAAUAAAGAUUGUUUUCACACACACACACACGCACACACACAGAUAUAUAUAU